AUGACUAUGACUGAUGACAGUGUUUCUCUAAACGCGUCCAGAAGUGGGUCCAGCAAUAAGUCUCCCAAGCAUGUGAAGCUGUCGCAAAAACUGUCAAAUCAGCCAAUCCAGCCAAACUACCAACAGCAUACACAAAAGGACGAUCGUCCCUCUGAUCAAUCCCGUCUCCAGUCCCCUCAAUAUUACACCUUUCAGAGCCAACCGUCCGUUCAGUAUGGCCAGCAGGCAUAUCUUCAUUCUCGUGGUUCUUCCUCCAGCCCUGUAAUGUCCGUUGGACCUAUGACCUCUAUGGGGCCAAUGGGACCAAUGGGACCAAUGGGUCCAAUAGGAGCUAUGGCACCUGUGGCACCGCCAGCACAUGUGGGAUCGGUUGGUCCAGUUGUUUCCAACCCUGUACCACCUACGGCAGGUGCUACCGGAUCCGUGCCGCAUAUAGGCCCCAUGGGUAUGCCACAAGCUUAUGUCAUCCCUUUCUUUCCAAAUGUCUAUUUCAAUGCCCAGCUACAGCAGCAACAGCAACAGCAAUCUAAUGCUGCUUCUCAGGACUCGUCCUCUAGAUCAUCUCCUCAGCCACAGAAAAAUUCCAACAUGCUUCCUCAACAAGUCACUAGGCAGUCUCAGCGGUAUGCAACACCGAUGAACAUGUCCGUUGGCAACGUGGCAAUUCGGGCCAAUAGUAACGUAAGCGUGGGCAGUAAUGAUAUUUCUAAAGGCAAUUCUACCGAAGUUCCUGAAGCCUCUACUUUGCCUAACUACUUCAGUUCUCCUUACAAUCCUUAUCUGAAGUUUCCCCAGCAAAUAGAUCCUAGUUCUGCUGCGGCAAUGGCCACUACCUCUGCCAUGGCCUAUUCUAUUCCUGGAGGAUCCUAUCCGCAGUCUCAAAGACAGUUUCAUCGAAUGGCCAUGGAGCUGGCACCACAUACUCAGAUAAGUCCGAUGUCUCCUUCGUUUGAACAUAUGAAUUCCCAUCCAGAGCUUCAAAGGCGAUCAGAUAUGGGUAAGGAAAGCCGACGGUUCCGUUUCACAUCACCUGCCAAUGGUAAGAGGUCGAAAGCAGGUAGACGAAAGGGUAAAAAGCUGUGUAACGGCACAAACGAUGAUAAGCCAUACAAGUGUUCCGUCUGUUCAUGGGCUUUUGUGAGGCAUAGUGACCUUAGGCGUCAUUUGAGAUCACACAACUCACCAGAAUACCAUUGUCCGUAUUGGCAUCCAGAUUACGCAACAUGCCCGCAUAGAAAUCAAGGUUCGUUCAAUAGACUUGACGUUUUGAAGCGUCAUUUACGGUUGGUUCAUUAUGAGUUUCUUCCCAAAGCUGAUAGCAGCGAAAUUGGGCUUGUGAGGCGACAGGAUGCUGGUAACUGUCUAGCUUGUGGACGUUUUUUUCCUAAUAGCAAGGCUUUUAUCGAUCAUGUGGAAGAAUGCUCUCGCACUACUAGCAUGGAGAAUUGGAAGUACAAGAAGAAUGGUAUUGUGACGAAUGUGAAAAGAGAGCGUUCUUUACAAGCUUCACUGGUACAAGCUCCUGCAGCUGAUAACUUCGUUGCUACUGGGCCGAUAGAUUCCGUUCAGUCACCUAGACUGCAGCAUGUUCAGCCUCAACCUGUAGCUUCUCUUCCAUUAUCUCUGGUUAACAUGAAGGGAAAAUUUCAUGUGACUCAGACCUCGCCUUCUGUGGCUGAAAAUGGUAUUAGUGAAGAAAAGGUCAAUGGAAAUAAUAAAGAGAACGAGCAGGAUGUGGUGAAAGUGAAAGCAAAGCAAGUUUCCGAGUCAGAAAAGGGUGAUGCAGAGUUGCUAUCGAUUGAAGGUAAAAAGCAGCCAAUCGCAAGUGAGAAUUACUUAAAGCGCCGCAGAGGAAGGCCGAGAAAGCACAUUUUAGAGAGCGAGAACGUGAAUGCUGUGAAUAAAGAUGAGGCCGAAAAUAACGAGAAUGAAGAGGAUGGGGAUGAAAAUGAUGAGAGCGUGUUAGAGAAUGAAAAUAAUGGGACCGAAGAUGAGGUCGAUAUCAAGAAUGAUAAUAUUUAA